AUGUCUUCCUUUUGCUGUUCCUUCAUCACCCCUUAUAGAGAGGCUCGCCUGAUGCACGAGACCAAGUUCCAGCGAUUCAUGGCAUGGGCAGGAAAUUCCCAAUCUUCUCCCGUGUCAAACUCAGACUCGUACUUUCGGAAUCCCAACAAUGUUCCAGAAUUUGCCGUACAAUUUGUCCAGCAAGUCAAUUAUGGCCCUGUCGAGGCCAAGCGCUACUUUAUCCCAGACCCGGAUAGCUUCGCAGAGAGCCAAGGUGGAUUUUUGGAGGUUACCGAGCAAGAUUUGAUCAUCGGAAACUUUCAGAAAUUGAAUGCGUACAAAAAUUAUAAAUGUGGUGCUCAUAACAAGUUCUUUGAGCUCAACCUUUACCAGAAGGACCCUGUCAAUCAACACCACUGGAGAUUCAACAUCUCUCGCCCAGCUAGCGAUAUUGAUAUUUGA